CGCAAUUAGUAACUAAUGGAGAUAGAAAUGUUAAACCGUUUUGAGUUUUUAAAAAUUGUUUUAUCCUGAAAUGUUUUUUCGUUAUGAUGCAGCGAACACUAAAAGACACAUUGAGGGUGGAACUUAAAUAAUGUAUUUGUUUUCGUGAAGUCAGAGAAAUUUUGGUCAUGAACAAAGACUAUGAUUGUGAAGAUUUGAACUCUAGUCCGGAAAUACGAAGAGGUUUAUGUAAAUAUGACAAUAAUGAUUCUCUAAUACGAGAUGUAUAUCAGUUUUCCCUUUCUCCAGACAUCAAGAACUCUACACUUAAUGCCGGUGAUGGUGUUAAUAUCACUGACGUUUCCCAAUUGAAGUUUAGUCCUAUAUAUUCGCCGUCUUAUAAUAGUUCACUGGUUGACAAUAGUGGUUUUGAUCUAGUGGACUCUAGUGAUGCUUCCUUUGGUCAUCGCUCAAGUUUACUUGGUAAUUCUGAUGAAACGACGUAUCAAAAUAUUUUGAAAUUGAAAGGAAUACCAGAGAUUUCCAUAAGCCACAUUCCUGAAAGUGAACAAUCACUCGGACGGUCUCGAAAAAGUCCAACUGGUUUUAGUGAAAACGAUGAGAUUGAAAAGCGGUAUUCUUCUGAUACACAAAAACAAGUAACUCCAAAUCUUCUGCUAAGGACUAAAAAUUUCAUGAAGAAACACCAUAGUUGCGUUGAUGCCCCUCCAGCUCAUUGGAUAUCAGCACCGGUGGCCUUAACACCAAAUCGUGACCUAGUUCAUAGUUGUUCUUCUAUAGAGAACGAAGUUUGUUUAUUGGUUAGCCAAGUACAAAGUAGAGACUUUAUCACUUCAGCACAAUAUGCUCCGAAAUGUUAUAUAAAAUCACUUGAUUACGCACCUUCAAUUAGAACCUCAUUUAAUGAGAUUGGUAAUCCACCCAAACCGCUGAAUUUCGAAGAUAACCUAACUGCUACAGUGAGUGAAGUGCGUAUGUGGAUCAACAAAAUAAUAGACGACAGCUAGUUAGAAUUUAUCACAGAUAUGAAGAUCAUAAUAUAUAUUUUUUGGAACUGAUGAAUUAAAAAAGACUAUGCUUAAUAGUUUCUUCUUUUUAGUAAAAUGAACUUAAUAUAAUCUUUUAUGUGUUGAAUUUAAUUUGCUUCUAUUAUUUCUUAAUACUGUGCUUAAAAGUGAGAAGUAUGAGUUUUUCUUGCAUACUAAAUGUCUAUAGGGAAAGUAAUUGGAAUAACUGUAUACGCACUCGAUUAUAAUUGCUCAUAGAUAUACGAACUUAAUUGGAGUCCAGGAGAGAACACCAACUCAGGGAUGCAGUAAAUCCAGCUGCCGAACCCCAUAUAGGACGAAACGCGCAUCUUGGAUUCCACUUUUAGCCAGCAUCCAUCUGUCCUUAAGUGGACUAUAUAUCUUGACAAAGCAAAUUACUAACUGAAUUCUUUUUACCUAUUUACUAAAGAUGUGUGUUAUGGUCUUGACGAUAUUUUAGACAGAUGAAAUGAAGAAGGAGAUAAGCGUACUUUCAAA